AUGACACAUUACAUCACCAUGCUGGUGAUCCUCCCAAGCGUUCCUAAGCAAUCAAAUGAGUCAGCAGUGCCGAUGUUUGCAUCUGGAGGGUGGCGUGAAGACUCAAGAGUUUUGUAUUCUGAGGAGCUCUUGUGCAGCUCAACAUUUGAACUUCGAUUGUGGCACUUUCAUCGCGUCAAUGAUGCCGCCACGAUUCUCAUUCAGCUGAACGGCGUACUCCCAUCAUGA